CUCUCUCUCUCUCUCUCUCUGAGUGCAACAUCCCUCCAUCUAACACAUUCUUUCCUCUGCAGCAGCACCAAUUUCUUUGCUUUGCUUCAAUAUAAUUAGUAACUCAGUAACUCAUAAAACAAACAAACAAACAAAAACUUUUCCCUUCGUUCUCUUUUACAUAUAUUUUCAUCGGAACAAACACUUCCAUUUCUCAUUCUCUCUCUCUCUCUCUCUCACUCUCUCUCUCUCUCUCUCUCUCUCUUUCGUUCUCUCUUUCUCUCACUCAAUCUUUCAUUUUCGUUAUCUACCUCUAACUCUCCCCUUCUCUCUCUUUCUGUCUCUCUCUGUCUGUCCCUCUCUCUUACUCUCUCUCAAAUCUAUCUGUCGUCUGCUCCAGACAGAAAGAAAGAAAAAACAAAAAAUGUUAGCAGAAGCUAGCUGUGAAAAUAAGGUGCAACUAAACGCAUCAUCUCGAAUCUCACCAUAAUGUCAUGUGUGGAUGUCAUGUAUCAACUCUACCCUUCCUAUCUCUCCUAUAAAGGGGCUAAUUCAGAUGACACAACGGCUGCAUCUAUUGCAACCGCUGCUGCAGUUGCAGCGGUUGCCGCCUCCAACAACACUAGCGGUGCACAGAAAUAUGCUAUUCCAUCUAUGUACGACGUCAGCAGUCCUGGACAUUACAUUCACCAAGGGUCAAGCUCAGUUACGAAGAGUGACGAGGAGUUCGAAAAAGGUGACCAAUCGAAAGGAAGUGUACAAUAUCUCAAUCCCAACUGUGUUCUUCUAACUUACUUUACGGGAGAAACGUCGGUUGUUGUAGACGAACAUUUUACUAGGUCCCUCAAUCAAGUUAGCAGUUAUCAACCACCAGACAGAUCUGCCAGUAAAACAUCAUUCUCGCGACCAGAUGUACCACUUAUGUGUCAUCGGAAGUUUCCAGCCUCGUUUUGGGAUAGUGCAUACCAAAGUUCGACGAGCAGUCUUCCACACAGUUUCCAUUUUCCAUCAGAUGCUUAUUUGAAUUCAUCCCUUUAUGCAAUGUCGGGUUUCCAUAAAACAUGGCCUUACUCACUUGCAUCACAGACUCACAGCUACGCUCCGCAACCAGCUCACACCUUUUCUUAUUCACCAAUGGAAACCGCCGCCAGCCGAUAUAGUCCGCACUAUACACCUUUUAUGAUGCAGUCUCCAGCCCAAAUGAGCAGUCGGAUUGAGUCGAGACAUGGACAGUACGACGUCGGGAAAUCGAGUGACCCAUUUAGUUCAGCAUAUUAUCCAGUACCUCGUUUAAGCGGAGAGAUGGGUUCCAGUUUCAAUCUUGAAUCGAGCGGUUUAGUUUCAGGAAUAGAAGUACCAGUUCAACAAACAAAAAAGGAAUUUUAUUGGUGACGGUAGGUUGAUGGUGGAUCAACUUCCUCCUGAUAUUCGAAAGCGUUAGAAAACCCAGUUUUGGAGCAAAGUGUUAUGAGCCGGGACUAGCAUGCCAUACCGUUCGCCCGAUACAUGAUUGGGCUGGCACUUCGGCGGUGGAGAUUUACUACAUUGUUUCACACUAUACCCUCUGAUCUACAGAUCAUAUCAAAUGACCAAGCAAUCAUAUCAACCGAUCGAUUAUCAUCGAUCAGACUGAUUAUGCCGACAGAAAAAUCGAACAUCCAAUCAGCAACUAAAACAUGGUAAUUUCCGCUUGGAAGAUCCAAUAACCGUUACGUUAUGAAUGUGCGGAAAGAAACCACUGAAAUGUGUAAUCCAGGGAUUUUUUCAUUUGGAUAUUUGUUCUGUCAGAUAAAAAAAGUUGGCUUUAAACCACUACCAGUAGCAAUGGAAGCAACUGCUAUAUCCUGAUGGGUUGCGUGACGUAAAUAUUCCAGACUAUUUGUAACUAAGGCAAUUUGUUGUGAUGUUGACAACACCACCAAUCUCGAUAUCUUUUGGACUUGACAUGGAGAUAUACUGAGAUUUGAAUCCAAACAAAACAUACUCAUAUAUCAUACAUACACUCUGUGAUCUAGAAGCACAGAAAAACCAUGACAAAGUAAUAUAAAAAAAUAUAUUAAAAAUCAGUCAAAUGUAUAUUUAGAACGAUUUUAAAUUUGCACUUUUGUGAAUCCCUUAAUAAAACAAUUUAUCACAACAA